AAAUCUGACUCACAGCAAAGAUGAGCCACGGAGACCGUUACACCUCGUCAUCCUACCGGAAGAUUUUCGGGGAUUCCCCCAGGUUUUCCAUUUCCUCCUCUCGCAUGAGCAGCGCCUCUCCUCGGGCCCCCCCGGGGCUCAGGUCCAUGGCUGCGUCCCACAACAGCGCAUCCUCCCUGAACAUGUACAGACGGGUCGGCAGCCGGUCCUCCACCUCUUUCUCUCCGGUGCGCGCCGACUCCCUCGACCUGAUCCAGACCUCCGUGGUCAACAAUGAAUUGAAAGUAAUUAGAACGAACGAGAAGGAGCAGCUGCAGGGUCUGAAUGACCGCUUUGCCAUGUUCAUUGAUAAAGUCCGGCACCUGGAGCAGCAGAACAAAGUGUUGGAGAUGGAGCUGGCGACACUGCGGCAGAAGCAGACCGAGCCGUCCCGCAUCGCUCAUCUCUACCAGCAGGAGAUGAAGGACCUGCGGUCACAGGUGGAGGAGCUGAGCAGGGACAAGAACCACAUCCUGAUCGAGAGGAACAACAUGGAGGAGGAGCUGCAGAAGCUCAAUGUGAAGUAUGAUGAGGAGGUGAGGGCACGGCAAGAAGCUGAACAGACCUUGAGGUCCUUCAGAAAGGACGUCGAUGACGCCACAGCAGUUCGCCUGGACCUGGAGCGCCGCGUGGAGUUGCUGAUGGACGAAAUCUCCUUCCUGAGGAAAGUGCACGAUGAAGAAAUCCAGGAGCUGAGCAGCAUGUUGGAGGCGCAGCAGGUCUCCGUGGAGCUCGAGCUCGCCAAACCGGACCUCACCUCAGCUCUGAAGGAGAUCCGCAACCAGUACGAGUCCAUCGCCUCCAAAAACCUGCAGUCGGCCGAUGAGUGGUACAAGAGCAAGUUUGCCAGCCUCAGCGAGCAGGCCACCAGGAGCAACGAGGCCAUGAGGGCCAGCAGGGAGGAGAUCAAUGAGUUCAGGAGGCAGCUGCAGUCCAAGACCAUUGAGAUAGAGACCCUGAGGGGCACCAAUGAGUCUCUGGAGAGGCAGAUCACAGAGAUGGAGGAUGCACACAACACUGAAGUCACAGCUAUGCAGGACACUAUUGGCCACCUGGAUACUGAGCUGAGGAAUAUGAAGAGUGAGAUGGCCCAGCACCUGAGAGAGUAUCAGGACCUGCUCAAUGUCAAGAUGGCCCUGGACAUUGAGAUAGCUGCCUACAGGAAACUGCUGGAGGGGGAGGAGACUCACUUUAACUCGGGGAUGUCGUUUGGUGCAACCAGCUACAGCUUCCAGGCCCGAGCCUCAGCCGGCUCUUCCAAGAGCAGCCAGAGGGAGAAAGAAGGGGCCAAGAAGGAAAGCUUCAAGGAGAGCAGUGAGGAUAAAGAUGAGGCAGACAUUAACUCCAACAACUGAAGAGGGACAGGGAAAUCUGGAAAGUGAGAAAAGAGAAACACUGUGUAUGUAUAGUGAGUUCAUAGUCACAUACUGUAUUUAUUAGGGGAAACACUAAUGCAAAUGUUUUAGAAUUAGAACUGAAAGUCAAUAUUGUGGAAGGUUGAAAGAUUAUUCAAAGAAAUACAAAAUUAGACGUUUUUCCCGGGGCUCAGUAUUUAGAUUAUCUCUGGACUCUAAAAUGAUCAAAUUGUCUUGAAAUAAAACGUCAGUAUUACAAAGUCACACAGCUUUAUCAUUUAACAAAGACAACCAGUCAGAAAAUGUAGACGAAAUGUACUGUACGUCUCCAGAGGAGAUAAACAUGUUGCAUAAAUUGUACGAUAGUAAAUAAUGCAACCAAGUAACGAAUGAUCUCGGUAUAAAUUUCCAUUUAGCUGCUGUGUGAGAUUACACUAAUACCUGUGUGACAGGUGAUGGGAAAAAAGUUGCUCAGAUAGAGUUCAUUUCUUAAGAAAAAGACACAAUGUUAGCGUAGUUCUGUUGUUGCAGUGUAUUGUCAAUGAACGUUCAGUUUGAAGCACUGUGGGCACAUAGGGUGUAUGGAGGGUGACUGUCUGCUGGCUGUUUCUUUGCACCAUUGUGUUUUCUUUUAUGACAUCACAAUGUGUAAAUGUUUCCCCCAUGCUAACAUAAUCACAUACUGUCUGGUGGAAAACCCUAUAGUGGCAGAAAGAAUAGUCAUCAUGGUUGUUAGUAUGUGGUCAAUGUUUUAGCAAUCAAAAAUAUUCAAUGCAUUACAUAGUGUAGUCCAAUUGUUAGCACAGAUCAUUUCACCUGGCUGCAGUGUCAUACUGGAAAACCACUUCUUGUUUCAGUUGCACUGAAAAGUGCAAUAAAUAAAAUGACAUGAGUGACA